CGAUUUGUUUAGUUUAAAUCGUUGUUGGAUUUUAUUAUGAAAGUAGUGACUAACGUUGUUGGAUCUGCUUUUUUUUGUUUUUUUUAAAGAGAGAGAGAGAGAGAGAGAGCGAGAGAGAGAGAGAGAGACAUAGUUGACAGGUCUUCCAUUUCUCUUGGCUAUAUGUUUUCCUCUGCUUUCUGAUUCUAACUUGAGAAAAACCAAAGCUUACAAAACCAUGGAAGACGAAAGGCAAUCAUUUCUAUCAAAACACAGAGCAAUCUCAGGCUACAUAGGCCACGAAGGACUUGAAUUGAAGAGCUUCGAUGCAUGCCUCAAAUGGGUUUUCGUGGAUCAGUCCAAUGUAUGGAGGACUGGUAUUUCAUGGUCCAUCUUCUUCGUUUUAGCCAUUGGCGUGCCGCUUGUCUCACACUUUCUCCUCUCCUGCUCCGACUGCGACGAGAAUCACAGCAGGCCUUACCAUGUAGUUUCUCAGUUAUCACUUUCUUUAUUCUCAGUGCUCGCAUUCAUCAGCCUCUACUGCUGGACUCGCAAAUAUGGUUUGAGGAGGUUUCUCUUCCUUGACAAAUUAUAUGACGCAAGUGAGAAGGUUCGCCAUGGAUAUAAACAACUGUUUCAGAAUUCAAUGAAGCUCCUCUGCAUGAUCGUAUUCCCCUGUUUUGCAGCAGAGUGCCUCUACAAGCUAUGGUGGUAUGUCUCAGGAGCAACCGAAUUACCAUAUUAUGGGAACAUCUAUUUAAGCAACACGAUUUUGUGUACGUUGGAGCUGUGUUCAUGGCUUUAUCGAACCACAAUUUUCUUCCUGGUGUGUGUUCUGUUCCGGCUUAUUUGCCGUCUUCAAAUACUGAGACUAGAAAAUUUUGCCCAAGUUUUUCAAAAGGAGACCGAGGUUGAGCUGAUCUUGAUGGAACACCUCAAGAUCAGAAGGAACCUUCGGCUGAUGAGCCAUAGGUUUCGAGUAUUCAUCCUGCUCUCUCUAAUUAUGGUCACAGCGAGUCAGCUCAUUUCUCUGGUCAUGGUAACUAGGUCUAGUGCUCAUGUUAAUAUCUUCAAGGCUGGAGAGCUUGCGUUAUGUUCCAUUAGCCUAGUUAUUAGCCUUUUCAUUUGCCUGCGAAGUGCAACAAAAAUAACACACAAAGCACAGUCGAUAACGGGGCUUGCUGCAAAGUGGCAUGUCUGCGCCACAAUACAGUCUUUUGAUUACACAGAAAGUGAGACUCCAAUGGCUCCGAUUUCUUCAGCUCAAGUGUUUCCUUUUGGUGCUGAUAUCGAAUCAGAAGAUGACGAAGCUGGAGAAGAUGACGAUUUGGACAACACCAAGCUGGUGCCAAUUUACACUCACACAAUCUCAUUCCAGAAAAGACAAGCUCUAGUGAAAUAUCUGGAGAAUAAUAGAGCAGGGAUCACAGUGUUUGGGUUCACGGUGGAUAGAAUGUGGCUUCACUCUAUUUUUGCAAUUCAACUGGCCCUUCUGCUCUGGCUGCUCAACAAGACAAUUGGGUAGUUAACAUUGUACCGAGUAUAAUACCUAGCAAUGUAGAUUUUGGUGAGUGAAAUUUUCUCAUGAAAAUGGUGUAACAGUAAGGCUCCUGGACAAUGUCUUGACAUGCAACAGUAACUCUCAGUCUCAUUCAAACAAGCCUCCACAGCUGAAAACACAUUUGGUGCUGAUGGGGUUGGUGGGUUAUUUUUUAUUGGUAAUAAAAGUCAUAUUAUUUCAGAAGAGUCUGGAGGCUGCAUUUGGAGUUUGGAGUUUUAUUUAGUUUUUGGUAUCUGAUGCAUGUCAAAUUUUAUAGCCUUGUAAAAGGAUACAGCUUAAUUGCUUUUUAGUUGGGAGCAGAUACUAAACCAAGUUAAGAAAAAAGAGAGAAAAAUUGGAGAAA